UGAGUUUAUUAGAGAAAACAGAGGAGCACUGUGUGUGUUUGUGUGUGUGCAUCUUUAUUGGUCCAGUCUUAGUUUUUCCAGCUAAACAUGCUGCAGAUACUUCUAUUGCUACUGCUGUCAUCCACGGCUGACAGCCGGAGUCAGCGAGUGUCGGGCUACAAGAAGGCAAAUGCAUGUGUGUGCCAGCUAAACUCCACCAUGUGGCUGUUCCCUGCUCAGAAGUUUAAGUACGUGUUGGAGGAAGUUCACACCUGUGAAGGAUCUCUGAAUAACCUACAAGAAGAGCUGACGUUCUCUAGCCAACGUCUCCCUCUGAUCCAGGAUCAGUUUACCAACUUUACGGCUCGGCUGGAACCCUACAACUACCUGCAUUUCAGGGGCCUGUAUACAGAACUGUCCCUGCGCCAGCUGGGCCAGGAGCUCAGCCAGUUACAGGUGGACAUCGAUGUGGUCCACAGCCAGCUUAACAACUCCGAGACACAGAAACUCUCCAAAGAGGCUGAUAGACUACAUAAACAUGUAAACAAGAUGCAAACAAUAGACACGCUUAACAUGAAGACUGUGAAGGAGAAACUGCGCUACCUAAAGAAUAAUGUGGAGACCUGCAAGUCAAUCCCCAAAGACUUCAGAGGUCAUGACAGGCACUGCCUCAGAGGUCUGAUCACCAACAUCAGUGACCCUAUCACAGCUAAAGUCAGUCCUCAUGGUAAGAGCUACAUCUCUGGUUCGUGGGGAAAACAAGCCCAGAAAGAGAGCGAUGGGCAGAAGAACAGUUACUGGGUUCAACCUCUGCUCAGCAGCCACAUCUGGGGCAACACUGUGCGCCUUUACCAAACCUAUGAAGACCUCAUGGCCUCAACAAACCACAGAGAAUUUACCUUUGCUUCAUCUUACAGUCAUCCCAGCACAAAUGAAGGUCCGAACGCCGUCCUGUAUGGCGAGGCUCUGUAUUAUCACUGCUACCGCUCUGCAGACAUUUGCCGGUACGACCUGGAGACCAACGAGGUCAAACGGGUGACUCUUCCAGGCACCGGUGUGGGUUUCAACAACAAGUUCCCCUAUUGUUACUACGAUUGCCGGCUCAAUAGUGAUGUUGAUGUAGAGGCAGAUGAAACAGGGCUGUGGGCUCUCUAUGCCACUAUAGGUAACCAUGGUAACCUCGUGAUCAGCCGCUUAGUUUGGGACAGCGAGGUGAAGAGUCUCAACGUGACACAGACGUGGGAAACGAGGCUGUUCAAGAAGGCAGUAAGUAACGCCUUCAUGGUGUGCGGUGUGAUGUACGCAACUCGUUACGUUAAUGAGUACCGGGAGGAGGUGUUCUACGCCUUUGACACAGCCACAGGCAAAGAAGACAACUCACUAGCAAUACCACUGGAGAAGGUAGCUAAAGCAGUGGCUAGUCUGAGCUACAAUCCCACCAACAAGCAGAUCUACAUGUACAACGAUGGAUACUUGCUGGCCUACCAGGUUUACUUCUGAUCUAAAGCUUGUUAAACAGUAAGAAAAAAGCAAUGAUUUAAAGUUCAGUUUGAGGACUAUUUUAUGCAAGCAAU